AUGGACAUAUUGGACACUUCACUAACAAUUCCAUCACACGAACAGACGGACACUGUAGAGCACAAUGGCACUGGCAUCUAUGACUCGGAAAAACCACUUGCAUCUAAAAUCACUAAACCCGAGCAGCGAAUAUCUCACAGCAAUCAGACCGAACUCAGGACUUCCCUUGCCGGUCCCGGGCCACGAGCGAACGAUGAUGAUGCUCCACAGUCUGUGAUACAUGCACCUCCCGGCUUUCGCCAAUUUAAGUUUGGCACCUACGACGACUCCGACAGCUUGAUCAACCCAGUUAUGGCAUCAUCGCACAGCAACUUGGCCAAGAUGAUAACACCAUCGAUGGUUCGAGACGACGAAUUAGGAAAGAAGCCUUCUAUAUCACCGUCUCCUUUAACCACUUCUAUUGAACCUGCGAAAGAUUGGUCAGAGCGAGCAACUCCUCGAGCACAAACAAGGCAGGAUUUCGAAAACAUUGACCUCCAGUCUCAGCCGAGUGUUCUUGCCGGCGAAAUCUCGCCUCUUAAACAACAUACAUCCACGGGCUCUACAUUCUAUGAGCCGAGCAUUUUUGUGCAUCCGAAUAUACCUCCAUUUCAAGCUAAAGGUGGCUCUACCGCAGUAGAUGGGGGGUCAAGCACACUAGAAGCCGCCGUUCGGCAUCUUUUUGAUGGUGAAGCUGAGAUCAAAGCACUCAAAACAGCGCUCGCGGAAUGCUGGACGCUCUGUAAUACAUUAGCCAGACUGAGCUAUAUCCAUCGCGGGCGUACUGCGGACAAUGCUGGCACUGGCCGCAUCGAAGAAAAUGCAUGGACAUCAUGCUGGAAGCUGUGUCAGAAGUUAUAUGAGAGUCAGAAAGAUGAGUAUGUAUCGCAGGUCAAGCCGACGUUAGACCUGUGUCGUGAAUUUUGCCAGACUUUAUUUGACAUCCGCAUCCGUGACAACGAGCUUGCAGAUUCAGUGCUUCGGGUCAGUUUUGAAUUAAAUAAUCAUCUUUACAACACGCAUGAUCGGCAUCUACCAGACGCUUUCAGGGAAAGGACGCUGGACUUCUAUAUCACCCUUUGUCACCGUCUCAUGAAACAGAGGACCCGUGUCUCGGAGACCGACUCCCUUUUGAAGGCUUCUUGGUCUCUGGCGGAGAUGCUGUUCACAAUCCGCCAAGGUAAAAGGGAGGGGAGGCCGAUAAACGAAGAAAUGCUUGCUUCGACUGUGCAAGCUUGCUGGGAACUGUGUGAUCUUUUUCGUGAGGGAUGGACACAACGUAGCUUGCGUUACUCUGACCGUGGAACGCCACGACCGAGUCAGGCCACCUUCACCCAUGGCAUGCAGCAGGCCGACCAACACGGAAUCGCUGCUACCGAUGAAGGGCUGCGCCAGCGAGGUAAUCCCGAAACUCCUACAACUAUUUUCGAUGAGACCGCCACUAUUUCACCGGACGACGCCCCAGUUCAGAACAUUUUUGUGUUGGGAAAAGAUGCCGAUCAAUCUGUGCAGGCAAGGUGGUCCUCAAGCUUGUCAACAGUCUCAGAUAUCAGCCAAUCUUCUGGGCAAACAUCUUCAACAAAUACUAUAAGAACGUCGCCAAACGAUACGACCAUGGCAUGUAUACAAGCUUUACUGGCCAAGGCCGCGGUCGAUAGCGGAUAUCAGCCGGAAAAAUCACAGAGCCUGUCAAGCUUUGUAAAGACGCUUUCAUCGGACGCGUUUGGAUCGGCACCGUGGCAAAUGUCACUUCUGAGGAGUUAUAAGAGUCUUCUGGCACUUGACCCAGUAUUCCACAAUAUUGACCUCCAACCGCACUCGAAUGCUGCGGAUAUAGCAAGGGCUGUCCAAGUGACAACACAGGGCAGUCAAUAUCCUUGGCUGCGGGAUCUCUAUCGACUGGUAUUUGGCGUUCAUGUGGAUGAUGUCGCCAGCCAUCAGGGGAUUGCACUUCAGGCAUAA